CGCGCUCUCGCGGGAUCUGGCGACUUUCGCGCUUCCGGCAUGCCCCGCUCCUCCUCUUCCCCUCGGCCGACCUGAGCUGAGCUUCCAAAAUGGUGCGUUACUCCCUGGAUCCGGAGAACCCCACGAAAUCCUGCAAGUCCCGAGGGUCCAACCUGCGGGUGCACUUCAAGAACACCCGUGAGACCGCCCAGGCCAUCAAGGGCAUGCACAUCCGCAAGGCCACCAAGUACCUGAAGGAUGUCACCCUGAAGAAGCAGUGUGUCCCCUUCCGGCGCUACAACGGGGGGGUGGGGCGGUGCGCGCAGAUCUCCCAGCACUGAUUCCAUUGGCUACAC